CGUGUUCUUGAUGGUUUGGGGACUUCUAGGCGGUGGCUGCCAGGGCGCCCUAGCGCGUGAAGGAUCGAUUUUGGGAGCUCGGGCGGCAUGGCAUGGCGUCAGUUGCUGGAGAAGGUAUGGCGCUCUCUUUCCUCUCUCCCAUUAGGGCUGCGCCCGCGCUGAUUGCCCGCGGAUUUCGAUAUGGGCUGGGACGCGCGAUUGUGUUGAAGCAGCUGGAUGCAGAGACGCUGCAUGUCCAGCUACACAAGCAAUUUCUCGAGAAGGCUGGAGCAGCUGGAGAGAGAAGGAGGGCCCGAUGCUCAGGAGAAACAAGUGAAGUUUCUAAGAGAUCUUAACGAGGUGGAUCCCGAGGGUAGACCACUUCCGCAGCGCAGCGCCAGUGCUUUGGCCGAGUAUCUCAAAGCUCUCGUCAAGGUCGAUAGGCUCGAUGACAGUGCCUUGUUGAAAACGCUGCAAAGAGGAGCAACUGCAUCGCUAGGAAGUUUUCAAGCUGAGGCGCGACCGAUCAUGUCUUCGGCGUUUCCGGCAGUAGGAACAGCCACGAAAGACGGAAUUUUGGGCUCUCCCAGUGCGCCAAUCCACAUGGUCACGUCCGAAGGAGGUUUUAGAGUUCAAGUGUGGCGGACUGUUCGAACCUUGGCUCUGGGCUUUCUACUUCUCUCUGGCGUUGGGGCCAUUGUCAAGGACAAGGGCCUCAGCAAAGGGCUGGGUCUCAAUGAGGAGGUACAGCCAAGCUUGGAGUCUAAUACCAAGUUCAGUGACGUGAAAAGAGUCGACGAAGCCAAAGCGGAGUUGGAGGAGAUUGUUCACCAUCUUUGGGAUCCAAAGAAAUUUACCCGUCUAGGUGGCAAGCUACCGAAAGGCGUCCUUCUGGUUGGGCCUCCUGGAACAGGAAAGAGAUGCUGGCUCUGGCAAUUGCUGGUGAAGCAGUGGUACCGUUUUUCUAUUGCAGCGGGAGCGAGUUCGAGGAAAUGUUCGUCGGAGUUGGUGCUUGGCGAGUGCGGGACUUAUUCGCAGCUGCGAAGAAGCGCACUGAACCAGCUGUUGGUGGAGCUGGACGGUUUCAAGCAAAACGAAGGCAUCAUAGUGAUCGCGGCUACGAACUUCCCCGAAUCUCUCGACAAGGCGCUUGUCCGUCCUGGUCGGUUCGAUCGGCAUGUGGUGGUUCCGAAUCCAGACAGCUACUUAGAGAACAUCCACUUAUGUAUAAACACCUUGCUUUUCUUUUUUUGUUUUUUCUCUUCUUCUUUUCUCUUAUUUUUCUUCUCUUCUCUUGAACUUUGAUCUUUCUUGUAUAGAUAGCAACAGGUUUUCUGGCACAAGUUCUAUAUUGAAAGAAGAUGCCUUAGCUAUUUGGACACCUA